UCUAACCUCCAGAACCAGAACGCGCUAGCCUCUCUCUGUCUCUCACACUCAAUCCACAGCUCCUGGUCCUCCCUUACUUCCGUCCAGCCACCGCCUGCUAUCGCCGUCGUCGGAACGUCCAGCUUCGAAGAGCCACCGCCUGCUUCCUCACUUCCCCUUCAUCGCGCAGCAGCCGUCGCAACCUUCCUUCCUCUCCAUCGCGCAGCCACCGGGCGAACGUGUAAGCCUCAGUCGCGCAGUCACUGUCCGUCGGCGCCAGCUCUGUUCCACUGCAGUCACUGCCUGUUCGAAGGCCGUUCGAAGCCCAUUCGAAGGUGAAACUUGUCGUGGUGUCUUCCUCUUGCAUGCUCUGUUCAAGGUUUUUAGCUUCUAGGUAAUUGUUUCAAUAUUUUUUUAAAAUUAGAGAAUAAACUAUUUUUUCUUACGCGUCUCAUUGUCUCCGUCGCUGUCACCGCCGCCGCCGCCGCCGCCUGAAGCUUGUGUUUCUUCAAUCUUCAACUGCUGCUCUGGUGCUGAGUCUGCGACGACGCCACUCGGCUUCGGUUUCAGCUCUCCUGCUUCCGCUCUUGCCAGUCGCCACCGCUGCGUUUGCCGUUCUGCUUCUGCUGCUUUUUCUGUGCGAAUUUGCUACUAUUGUUGGACCUGAAAUGAACUGGGGAACCUGUUGAAGAUUUUUUUGAAGAAGAUUAUUCAAUGAUUCGUCACCGCAGAUUGCUCUCUUCCACUACAAAUCUUUGCAAACUCACCCACAAUUUCUCUGUCCCUCGCUCCUUUAUUUCCCCGGUACCUUUUAAGCAAAAGUUAAUAUCUUUUACCUCUAUAACCGCAUUCACUUCAGUUCGGAGAAUCGCAGGUUUCUGCAGAGAUUUGAACUUUGUUGAGCAGCUUAGUUCAAUCAGAUGCUACUGCCAUAAUGGUGGUGGGCAUAAGGAAUGGACUGAGGAAAUUGAGUACUUGGAUGAAUCGGGUAGUAUCCUUUACAAGGGGAAGGGUAUAAGGUCCGUGGAGCCUGGGAUUGAUGAUCAUGUGAUGGUGGGUGAGGUCAAGAAGCCCUUUGUAAAUGCUGCGGCUGUGGCGAAAAUAGUUGAGGUUGGGAAGAGGUGGAAAUGGGGGCCAGAGUUGGAGACACAAUUGGGCAAGCUCCAGUUUGUGCCUAACAUGACUCACAUUGUUCAAUCCUUGAAGAUCACUAGUGAUAGUGAUGCAUGUUUGAGUUUGUUUAGGUGGGCGAAGCGGCAACCUUGGUAUUCAUCUAGUGAUGAGUGUUAUGUUAUCUUGUUUGAUUCUCUUAACCAGCGUAGGGACUUUGAUGGAAUACAAUCAUUGUUUGAUGAGAUGGUUGGUGAUUCUACCAGUACUGGAGCUUCCUUGUCUGUUUCAUGUAAUCGGGUGAUUCAAUAUUUGGCCAAUGCUGAGAAGUUGGAGGUCUCAUUUUGCUGCUUUAAGAAGAUACAGGAGGCCGGUGGUGAGAUUGAUACCGAAACAUACAAUUCCCUUAUUACUUUGUUUUUGGGUAAAGGUUUGCCUUAUAAGGCAUUUGAGAUAUACGAGAGCAUGGAAAAGGCCAGUUGUUCAUUGAAUAAUUCAACUUACGAAUUGAUGAUCCCAAACUUGGCAAAGUCAGGCCGUCUGGAUGCUGCUUUCAAACUCUUCCAAGAAAUGAAAGGAAGAGGUUUCCGGCCAGGCCUAAGCAUCUUUUUGUCACUUGUUGAUUCAAUGGGGAAGGCUGGGAGAUUAGACAGUGCAAUGAAGGCUUACACAGAGAUGCGAGGUUAUGGGUACAAGCCACCACCUACUAUAUUUGUUUCUCUAAUUGAAUCUUAUGUGAAGUCUGGAAAGUUAGAAACUGCUCUUAAGCUUUGGGAUGAGAUGAAGAAAAGAGGGUACAGGCCUAACUUUGGGUUAUACACUUUGAUCAUUGAAUCCCAUGCGAAAUCAGGGAAGCUUGACAUUGCUCUGUCUGCAUUUUCAGACAUGGAAAAAGCGGGCUUUCUGCCGACUCCAUCUACAUAUACUUGUCUAUUGGAAAUGCAUGCUGCGUCUGGACAAAUAGAUCAUGCAAUGAGGCUGUACACUUCAAUGACAAAUGCUGGUUUGAGGCCUCCUCUGAGCACAUACACUGUUCUUUUGACUCUACUUGCUAAUAAGAAGCUGGUGGAUGUGGCUGCCAAAAUCCUACUUGAAAUGAAGGCCAUGGGAUAUUUAGUGGAUGUCACAGCUAGUGAUGUUUUGAUGGUUUAUAUCAAGGAAGGCUCAGUUGAUCUUGCUUUGAGGUGGCUGCGUUUCAUGGGCUCAUCCGGGAUUAGAACCAAUAAUUUUAUAAUCAGGCAAUUGUUCGAGUCGUGCAUGAAGAAUGGAUUAUAUGAAUCAGCCAAGCCUCUUCUUGAAACGUAUGUAAACUCAGCUGCAAAAGUUGACUUGAUACUCUACACGUCCAUUCUAGCUUAUCUAGUUAGGUGUCAGGAAGAGCAGAAUGAGAGACACUUGAUGUCUAUCCUUAGCGCUACGAAGCAUAAGGCGCAUGUUUUCAUGUGCGGACUUUUCUGUGGCCCAGAGCAGAGGGGACAACCGGUGUUAUCUUUUGUCAGGGAAUUCUUUCAAAGUAUUGAUUAUGAAUUGGAGGAAGGCGCAGCAAGGUACUUUGUGAAUGUUCUUCUCAAUUACCUAGUUCUAAUGGGGCAGACAAACCGAGCUCGAUGUGUUUGGAAGGUUGCAUAUGAGAACAAGCUUUUCCCAAAGGCUAUAGUUUUUGAUCAGCACAUCGCCUGGUCCCUUGAUGUUAGAAACUUGUCUGUUGGAGCAGCUCUUAUAGCAGUAGUGCACACUCUUCACAGGUUUAGGAAGCGCAUGCUCUAUUACGGUAUUGUACCAAGACGGAUUAAGCUGGUGACAGGGCCCACUUUAAAGAUCGUGAUUGCGCAGAUGUUGAGCUCUGUAGAGUCUCCAUUUGAGGUCAGUAAGGUGGUUCUUAGGGCCACAGGAGAUUCAGUCAUGGAGUGGUUUAAGAAACCGAUAGUUCAGCAGUUUCUUCUGAAUGAAAUUCCAUCUAGGGCUGAUAUCCUGAUGCACAGGCUUAACAUACUUUUUCCCAGUUCAGCACCUGAAAUUAGGUCUUUAUCCCCACCUAAACCUCUCAUUUCUGGCAGGGAGUAUAAGCAAUCUUCGUAGCCAUCGGAUAGUAACAGGUACUUCAUUUUUAAUUGUAAGUCAAAGGGUUACUGAGUAGUGCAAAUGCUUCUGUGUGUUUAGAAAGCCAGUGCCAUGAACAGUUAGGUAGGUAAUAUUAAAGAAUUUGGAAUAAAAUUUUUCCCAUGACAUGCAUAUUAGAUUAUUUCGUUUCAAAUUUUCAAUUAGUUCCACUGUAUGAGUGGUGCUUGAAGUUAAAUGGACAAAAGCGAAUUAUGACUGCAUAGGACAGGACGAAAAAGAUGACAUGUAUUAAGUACGUAGAGAAAGUGGAAAAUAACGUCUUAAAAGCUAGUUGUUAAGAGGAAGAACCACUCUUCUUAAUACAACAUCAAACAUUUCAUACUACCCCAUGUAGGACUUUGGACACCGCAUAAUACCCAAGUUCCUAACAUGUUUGUCCUCCAAAGAGUUGAGGACUUCAAUGCAAUUUACUACAUGGAUACAGAUUUUGUUGGUGUUAACUAGAGGAGCUAUUUUUUGGAAGUGUUAAACUAACUAUGAAUAGCUCUUCUGCUAGACAUGCUGAACAUGUUGUUUGUUAUGGUGCUGCUUCACAUGCAAUGUAGAUGAAGAGCUUUGUUUGUACUGCUGGAAUAGUUUUGCUACAAUAGAAAGACUUCUUUUAAGCUUUUUCAAACAUAUUUAGGCAUCACUCUAGAUUCAUGGAGCUAUUUAGUCAUGCUUAUAUAUACUUUCUAUGACAAAUAGCUUCAUAAGUUUCUUUCUGCAAAAUGAAAAUCGGAUGAGAGACAUAUCCUUC